GACGACGACACCGACGACGCUUGACGACUAUCAGACACAACGUUUCAGCCCUGAAGCUCGACGAGGUCCAUCAUUGACCAUGUGGUGUGACAACUGUCUACUCAUAUUCCCGCUUCGACAUGGCGCCAUGGCCUGGUGCAUUUUCAUCGCCCUCUACAAUCUGGCGGGGUCAAUCCUCCUCUUCCGAGACGGCCAAUAUCUCUUCUUUAACUACCCAGAGUGGCAGGUUUAUGGAGGCAUAGGGAUGGCAGUUAUGUCAAUCUGCAUUAUCAACAUUAUCGCUUACGGCAACACAUCUUACAUGUGGACGCGCGUCUGCUUCUUCCUUUGGCCCGUCAUCCUAGUGAUCUCAGCCGUCCGUGCCGCUGUCAUGCUGUUCCAACUCAAUCGCCAACAAGCCAAGAUUAUUUGGGAGUGCAACAAUGGAGGCCAGCUGUGGGGCGCAUCCGUCGAAGCAGGCUAUGCAAACAGCUCGACCACCAUGCCAUCGGGGCUAUGCUCGGCCGGCUUCCACAGCCUUUACAUUGCGUUUGUGUUGUCCCUCGCAAUUGACUUUGGCUUCCAACUAUACGCCUACUUCAUGAGCUGGCGUUUCCUCUCCCGCAUCCGCCACUACUACGCUCUCGCCACCCAAGAUAACAUCUACUCGUUCUGACCGACGUACAUUUCUUUUUGCAUUUCAAGGUUUGCAUCUUGGCUUUGUGCCAGCCCAUGGACGAUCUGUAGACAUAUCGCGGCUCACGAUGGAGAAUGCAUUACUGGGAUCUUUUCGAGAAGGGUACAUACGUAUGAAAAUUCAUUCGUAGGG